AUGAAUUCUUAACUUCCAGUAAACAACUUUGAUUCUAGAAGUAAAAGUUUCUAUAUAAGAAACACAUUCUCCUUUUUUGAACAUCCAACAAGAAGAAAAUCCUGUUAUUGCAAUCAAUGUGGUAAAAAUAGUCACUUCUAGUAACAACAUGCUAAUUUACCGACACUUAAAGAAAUUGAUUUUUAGAAUUAAGUAGAAAAUUUAAGAAAAUAAAGUUUAUGUGAUGAGAUUAGGACUGAAAUUCCAAGUGAAUUAAGUCUUAUGGAUAGUGAAAAUGGAAGACUUUUUAGAAACUCAAAUCGUUCGAUUUCCAUUGUCAACAAAUAUUUUAAAAGAUCUAUGAACUUUGAUUAAUAUAGUCUUGAAACAAAUACUAAAUUAAAAAGAAGAAGUUGUGAAUGCUCAGAAUGUGGAAAUCUAACUUAAUUUUAAAGAAAACAUGAAGACUUAUCUCUACCUAAAAGAGAUAAAAAAAUGAAAUAAUUUCUAAUCAGGAAGUAUCAUAAAUAGAUCAAAGGAACAUCUAAAUAAUUCCAAUUAAGUUAAAAAAAAAUAAUAGUAUAAAAAUCAAUCAUUUCUUCUCCUCAAAGUUAGAAAUCAUUCUAAAUUAAAUAAUUUGAUUAAAUUAGAAGAACAUAGGAUAUUAACAAAUUAGUAUUAAAUCGUAUCUCAACAAGAGACUUAGAAUAGACAAAAUAAGUUUAAAGUUAAUAUUCUAUAAUUAAUUCUUGUAAACAAUUAGAUUCUCCUUAAUUUACUCAUAGCAAGUCUUAGAGAUAAAUAUUACAUAAACCAACCAUGUCAUUUGGCACAUUAUCUACCUCUAAGUGGAAAUCCUAUAAAAAUACAAAAGAAUUCCAAUGA